AACAGGGAGCAAAGGAGGGGACCGGUCACCUUCCAAUCAUAUUCCUAUAACAACCACCGCAGCCCUUCCAAGUUCCAGUUCCCAUAGAGAGAAAGGAGAUAGAUAGAUAGAGAGAGAGAGAGAGAGAGAGAGAGAGAGAGAGAGAGAGAGACGACCAACAAAAAGAAGAGCAAAUGGCCCGGCUUGCUCCUCUAACAGAGGAGCCCAGUAGCGAAGAGGACUCCAAGAGCUUGUCCAAGAGGAGCCACUCCUUCCACAGGUGGCUAAAGAGCCAUUUGCCCCUCCUAUCCCCUAAGAGAUCCGAUCUCAAAAUUCUCCUCAGCGUCCUCGGCUGUCCCCUCUCCCCCGUCUCCAUCCUCUCCAAGCAACCUCACAACGUGGCCUCCUCGGCCCAGUACAUAAUCCAGCAAUUCCGGGCGACGACCGGGUGCGCAAAGAUAGAGGGGACCGUGAAGAGCAUGUUCGCUUCCGGCAGAGUGAAGGUGGUCAUGAUGGACGAGAACGGGCUGAGCUUGGCGGCAGGAGAUCAGCACAAAGGAUGCUUCGUUGUGUGGCAGCUGGUCCCCGACAUGUGGCUCGUCGACCUCGCGUUCUCAGGCCACCAGAUCGCGGCAGGCAGCGACGGCGAGGUGGCCUGGCGCCGCACCCCGUGGCUCGGGGCUCAUGCGGCACGGGGCGGAGUUCGGCCCCUCCGGCGAGCACUUCAGGGAUUAGACCCCGUGACCAUUGCGGCAGUGUUCUCCCCUUCCGAACACAUUGGAGAGAAGCACAUCGGUGACGAAGAAUGUUUCGUGCUGAAAUUAGAAGUCGACCGUUCGGCCUUGUUGAAUCGGAGCGAUAGCACUGCAGAUAUCGUCAAACACGUAAUGGUGGGGUACUUCAGCCAGCGCAGUGGCUUACUAGUUUAUCUCGAGGACUCCCAAUUGACACGGAUCCAAACCCCGGGAUCCCAAGCAACGUUUUGGGAGACCACCAUAGCAUCAAGCAUCGAAGACUACCGAGCGGUGGACGGCGUUAUGAUCGCCCACUCGGGCCGGACCACCGUGAACUUGGUGAGGUUUGGUGUCGGGGUGAAGGACGACUCGGUGGUGACGAGGAUGGAGGAGAUGUGGGGAAUUGAUGAUGUGGUCUUCAAUGUGCCUGGCCUGUCUGCCGACUACUUCAUCCCUCCAGAGGAGGUUAAGAGGAGCUACUACUAUGACACUGCCUUCGGUCAGCACUAGCCAAGCCCAUCCAAGAACCGGCAGUGGUAAAUCCUUUUGUUCUUUCUAUUAGGUAGUGACAUAGAUUAACUAUAAUAUUCCUCGUAUGGAGCUAUUUGACUUAUAAUUGCUCUCAUGAGAUGUGUGUGUGUGCAGUAUAUAGGAUAUGUGUGUGUGUGUGUGUGUGCGUGUGUGUGUGUAUGUAUACUGCACGUAGAUGCAAUAAGGCAUUAGUCUCUAUCCAAGCAAUUUUGUCUGCUUCUCUUUUCC